AGUUUCGGGAGACCCGGGCAGCGCAGGAUUUCUUCGCCACUUGCCGGAGCCCCAAAUUGUGCUGUGAGCUGACACUGCAGCCACUCAGACGAUUCCCCCUGGAUGCUGCCAUCAUCUUCUCCGACAUCUUGGUGGUGCCCCAGGCGCUGGGCAUGGAGGUUGUCAUGGUCCCUGGCAAAGGACCCACAUUUACAGAGCCCCUGAAGGAGGUGGAGGAUCUGCUGAAACUGCGACAGAAGGUGGACGUGACUGCGGAGCUGGGUUACGUCUUCCAGGCCAUCACACUGACACGACACAGCCUGGAGGGCAGGGUGCCCCUCAUCGGCUUUCUCCGGGCGCCGUGGACGCUCAUGUCCUACAUGAUUGAAGGUGGCGGCUCCACUACAAUGGCCAAGGCCAAGAGCUGGCUCUACCGUCACCCCGAGGCAAGCCACCGACUGCUACGGCUGCUGGCCGAUGUCAUCACUGACUACCUGGUGGGGCAGGUGGCUGCUGGAGCGCAGGCGCUCCAGCUGUUUGAGUCCCAUGCGGGGCACCUGGGCCCGGAGCAGUUUCAGGACUUCGCCCUGCCUUACAUCCGAGACAUCGCCCAGGCUGUCAAGAGCAAACUGAAGGAGGAGGCGCUGCCCCUGGUGCCUAUGAUCAUCUUUGCAAAGGAUGCGCACUACGCGCUGCGUGACCUGGCCCAUGCUGGUUACGAGGUGGUCGGUCUCGACUGGACCAUCCGGCCCCAGGAAGCUCGUGUACAGACAGGGAAAGAUGUCACCCUGCAAGGGAACCUGGAUCCCUGUGCUCUCUAUGCACCCAAGGAGAAGAUUGGCGAGCUGGUUAAGAAGAUGCUGGAGGGUUUUGGGACCCAACGCUACAUUGCCAACCUGGGCCACGGCCUCUACCCCGACAUGAGCCCCGAGCACGUGGGUGCCUUCGUGGAGGCCGUACACACUCAUUCCCGCCACAUCAACAAGCACAGCUGAGCCUGAGGGCUUGGGGACAGGACUCCGCUUUGGGCACAGUCACACCUAGUAGCAUGUUGUCACAGGGCUCGCUCCAGGCUGGGCUGCAGCAUUAAACCAGCACCUUCUCCGCA